AUGGCGGAGGCGAACCGGCGGGGCGGGCGAGGAGCGGCGAUGUGCAGCCCGGGCGGCCCGAGCGAGUGUGCGCGGCGGCAGGCGGAGGGGCGGGAGCGCCCCGGGCACGCGUGGGUGGGAGCGUCUCCCGUGGGCGCCCCCGGGGUGCGCUCCGCCGAGCUGCUGCUGCUGCGGCCGCGCCCCGCAGGCGCUGUGCCCGGGACGGCGGAGGUGCCCGCUGAGGCGGCCAGCGGCGACGGCUCUUCUAAGGCGUGUCCGCACCCUGCUGCAUCGGAGGAGCGAGGGGCGGCGGUGGGAGUAGCCGCGGUGGUCCAGCCUGGUACCUCGAGGGGAAGGUUGGGACUACGAGGAAGUGUCCUCAGUCCUUUAAGAUGGAAAGCGAAGGGAAAUGCCCCAGUACACCUCCCACUUUUGCACCGGGGCACCUCCGCACUUGCCCGUGCCGCCGGCGGUCCCGGGGUGGGGAAGAGCCAGCCCCCGAACCCCCGCCGUCCCAUCAGCCCGGCCCACAGCCGCCGGCGGGAGCCCCGUCGGGCCGGGCCGGGCCGGCGCGGAAAAGGCGCUGUGGAGGGGCCCGCAGGGGGCUGGGCUCCCGCUGUCCCUCCUGCUCCCGGACAGGCCGGGGCGUCCUGGCUCCUACGGACGUGCUGGAGGAGCCUUGCGGCUGCCCUCGCGUGUCCCUGGAUCCCCGGGGCGCUCCCGGGGGCUUCCUACGACAUUCCGGCUUGGGGACCCUGGUGGCACCGCCAUCCUCGCUCCAGCCCCGUAGAGGCAGAGGGCCCGGCGGACAGACGGGAAGAGGAGAACAACUGUCCCUAUUCCCUUCACGACGCCUCUGAAGGCAGCCAAAGCUCCCUUUUCCACCCAGCCGGGUCUUCGCGGGAGCGUUUCCCUGCCGCAGCUGCCUCUCCUCUGGCACAGGAGGGAUUUCGAGCCCUGUCCUUGGAGGGAGGCAGGCAGGACCACACCAGGCACCCACACGGUUAUGAGAAGUGCCCACCAUGAGACCUCAC